GAGAAUGUCCAGAUAACCACAAGCCAGGAGACCAGUGGUUCAAGCCUGGCUGUCAGAGAUGUAACUGCAUGGAGGGAAUGUGGUCAUGUGUUAGCUGCGGCGUGUACAGCUUUGACAACAUUGACCUGACCAAGUGUUACAUCCAACACAAGACAGAGCUCGACUACCCCGACUGCUGCACCCCUCACAUCACGUGCAAGGGAGACGAGGGCUUUGACGACACCCUGCUCACUCUCGGAUAGACCACAAUCUUGUAGCAGACCACAAUCUACUCAAUCUUGGAUAGACCACCAUAAUCUACCCACUCUUGGAUAGACCACAGUAAUCUACUUUAUUCACUCUUGGAUAGAUUACAAUAAUCUACUCUUUCUUUGAUAAACCACAAUAAUCUACUCACUCUUGGAUAGACUGCAGUUCACCCACUCUGUAAGUUUUUAGUUUUAUCUUUAGACUUUAAUUAAAAUGAAUAAAAUUCGGAGGUUACUGAUCUAA